UGUUGAUGAGCCUGCAGAAGGCUUUGCGCAUGCGCGUUGGACGCGGGAAGCGACGCGCCUUCAUUUUACCAGGCCCGGGCCGGGUAAGCGCGUGCUCGCGGUUCUUGGGGUCCCGUUGGAGGAAGGAGGCAAACCCCGAAAGUUAGGGGAGGGAGGAGUAGGAGUUGUCCGAGGGUGGCCCCACCGGCUUCUUGGGUGGUCUUCGCUCUAGGAGGGAGGGGUUUUUUGUCCCCAUUGGGGAGAUGCGUGUUUGUCUGUUUGGGCUGUCGGUGUUUUAAUCUCAGCUGAGCGUUUGGAACAUUUAUACUGAUGAGGUUUAUAUGUGGUUUUAUGUAAUAUAUGCAUUGACAUAAUCCCUGGUGCGCUGUUGGUGAUCUCAGUUCUCUGAGCGCUGGUCCUUCCUGGAGCCAAAAUGGCUCCACUCCUAGCAAAGAGGAGGCAUCGCGGCAGGAUUGGGGGAGGCCCGAAGCUUCCAGAAGUAGGGGGGGGGGAGUUCAGUUUCCCACUCAGUGAUGAACCUCACUGGAUGAGCUUGGGCCAGUCACUGUCAACAUUAUCUACCUCUCAAGCUGCUUGUGAGGAUAGAAGGGGGUUGGGUGAGAGCAGAAGGAUGUAACCCUCAGGCCCUCACAAUGCUGGACAACUCCCAUCAUCCCUGACCAUUGGUUUUGCUGGCUGGGACUGAUGGGAGUUGCCAGGUGGAUGAAAGGUAUGAUAAACAUAAUAUAAACCAACAUCAGUGUGCUUGAUGUUUUAUGAGAAACACAAAAUGACAGUCUGUGCCCUGAGAUGCUUAUAGCCUGCAGUUUGGUCUGCAGGGAGGCGUAGAACAGCUGUCUCUUGCCCAUUGCUGUACUCUGUUCCCAUCAGCCAUGGCUAAUAUAGGGUUGAUGGGAGUUAGCGGCUGAAACAUCUGGAAGGUGCCAGGCUGGAGAAGAGAUGAUAAACAUGAGAAGAAUAUGCAUUUAGCUCAGUUACAUGUGCUUAGGCUUAGUUUCCAUUUAGGCUGGUGACAAAGAAGUUUGCCAAGGUUUAUAUCGAAGCAUGCACAAUAAUUCAUUCAGUGACCAUUUUGCACGGGGGUUCUGUUCCUGGCCCCCAUGUGCGUUAGCAGAGUGUGCACAAGCUCGCUCCGCCAUGUUCUGCCCCCAUUCUUCCCUCUUCUAGAUCCAAAAGGACCCGCACGUCGGUGGUCUUGCAUCAGUUGGACGCACCUAAAAUGGUUGCUGCCUGCACACCAGGUGUUGACAUUAUAAAUGGAAGCAGAUGAACUCACUUUUGAUAUGAUCAUUGCACUCACUGUGCCUUUGGCUUCUUGUCUGUCCCAUCCAGAAUUGGGAGCAGUGGGUUGCUGACAACCCAGAACCACUGCCGCCAUGUCGCGUUUCUUUACCACUGGCUCGGACAGUGAGUCGGAGUCGUCACUUUCUGGGGACGAGCUUGUAGCGAAGCCCGUUGGGGGCAAUUUUGGAAAACAGUAAGUAUGGGGGGGGGGAGGGCCGGGAGAACUUGAGUGAGAGGGUGGGAACAGAGGUUCCCAGGGAGUGAUGAGUUGGAAGAAACAGCCGGAUGCCAACGAGAAUAAGGGGGAGCAUUUCUGAUUUAAAAGUCAGAAACAGGUAGUGAGGACAACAUACCCAUACUUUAGCAUGAACCCAAUGCACCCAGGUAGUACCUGUCUUGGGAUUCCAGACCAAGCAUCUCCUACUUCUGAGUUAUGCACUGCCCCUUCCUCUCCCUGCCCUGCACCUCUCUCACCUGCUUCCACUGAUCAUUGAUAGCAGGGAUCCAUUGUCUGUUCCUUUCCCUUUCUUGUAGGCCUCUGCUGUUGAGCGAAGAUGAGGAAGAUACAAAGAGGAUUGUGCGCAGCGCAAAGGACAAGAGGUAAAGUGUGGUUGGCUUUGUGGGAGAAGUGGCCCCUCUGGUUUCUGGAGGGCUGUGCCAAUGCCACAUUUUUGGGUAGCUGGGUAAUUUCCCGUCCUGUUGAACAGCAUGUUGGUGGCACUGUGUUCUCUGAGGGCAUAUCAAUGCCCCAGGCUUAACCAUUCCUUCUUUGAUCUUCCCUUACUGCAGGUUUGAGGAGCUUACAAACUUGAUCAAAACAAUCCGGAAUGCCAUGAAGAUCCGGGACGUCACCAAAUGCCUAGAGGAGUUUGAGCUGCUGGGCAAGGCCUAUGGCAAGGCCAAGAGCAUUGUUGACAAGGAGGGAGUGCCCCGCUUCUACAUCCGCAUCCUCGCAGACCUGGAGGACUACCUCAAUGAGGUACUGGGGCCAGCAGGGAGGUUUUUGGUCCACAAAGUCCCUGUGCCUGGCUCAAGAGGGUUUCGUGGCAAUUUGAGUCUGACACCUAGGGCUAAGGGAAAAGAAGGGAAUCUGUUCUCCUGCUUCCCCCUUACAAAGAAUUAUGAGCUUCAUUGCAAAAGGGAGCUGAAUGUAGAGCUCCCAGGAUCAACUUUGAUGCCUUUUUGGUGUCUCCUUUUACUGCCGGUUUGUUCCUGCAUGAAUGGUAUGGGGUUCUUCAAGGUAUGAAGAAUGGUAUGGUUCCUUCAAGGUAUGGGGGCUAAUUGGGGAGAGAAGUGCUCUGAAUCAGUUGAGCAGUGGAUCUGGAUCCCGUGUGGAUCUGCCUAUUUGUUAAGAUCUGAACACACAUCCCACUUUGGCGAUCAGCCAGGUGAUGACCAAGGGCAUGGUCUUUUGGUAGUGGUGCCCUGUUGGCCUCCCUAGAAAUAGCCACCUAGCACCUGCUUAUUUACUGUGCAGGAGCCAAGUUUAAAUGUGUGUUGUGUUUUUCAUGUUGCUCCUAUUUUUGUGUAUCAUCUUGGCGUGGAUGUUGGUUUUCAAAACACGUAGUUUUGUUGUAAAGCUGUUGUGUUCUGUAAGCUGCCUUGAAGGCUUUGCAGAGUGGACCUAGAAAUUUGAAUGUCUGAAAUAUAUAGAGAGCAAGAAGGCAUAUAGGGAAAGUGAGAGCAAGAUGCCAUCCACCUGCCUCUCAUCCAAGGUACUAGGGCAGUCUAUAUGGUUGGUCUCUUCCCCAUCCCCACGACAGCCCUGCAAGGUAGGUUCAGCUGAGAAAAGGUGACUAAGCCUAAGACACUUCACAGCUUUGUGGGAAUUUGAACACAGAUCUCUGGUCCCAGCUCUGAUACCCACUGUUGCACCAUUCUGAGCCUUCAUGCAGCACUGGGAUGGGGAGUGGUAACAAGCCAAUCCCACAGACCCAAGACUCUGGGAUCCUGGAGGGAAUAGCUAGAGAGCAAAAUGGCUGUCCUCUUGCACAUAGCUUUGGUUUGCAUGUUUAGAGAAAAAGGGAGAUAGGCUGGUGUGUGGACCAAAUGAUCAUGGGCUGCCUGUAAUUUCAUCUCCCUUCUGGCUUUCGUAGCUCUGGGAGGACAAGGAAGGCAAGAAGAAGAUGAACAAGAACAACGCCAAAGCCCUAAGCACCCUCCGCCAGAAGAUCCGGAAGUAUAACCGAGAUUAUGAGGCCCAGAUCAUGAGCUACCGCCAGGUACUGGUGCAUGGUUGGGCGGAGGGCAUUCAGGGAGGCGGCUGAGACAUUGGGAAUUAUGUAUAGCUCAGUCAGUGCAGCAUGAGACUCUUAAUUUCAGGGUUGUUGGUUUGAGCCCCAUGUUGGGCAAAAUAUUCCUGCAUUGCAGGGGGUUGGACUACAUGACCCUCAUGUUCCCUUCCAAUUCUAUGAAUCCCUUAGGACCUCUGACCUUCAAGAUGUUGCUGGACUCCCAACUCCCAUCUGCCCCAGCCAGCAUGGCCAAGGGUCAGGGAAGCUGGGAGUUGUAAUUCAGCAAGAUCUGUAGGUCCACAGGCACUGUCCUUGCUUUAGGCAGUAGGGUUGAUUACUGGCUUUGCCCGUUGUGUUAAGCAUGGGUAGGCAAACUAAGACCCGUGGACCGGAUCUGGCCCAGUCGCCUUCUAAAUCCAGCCCAUGGAUGGUCUGGGAAUCAGCGUGUUUUUACAUGAGUGGAAUGUGCUCUUUUAUUUAAAAUGCCUCUCUGGGCUAUUUGUGGGGCAUAGGAAUUCCCCCUUCCCCCCCAAAAAAAUAUAGUCUGGCCCCCCACAAGGUCUUAGAGACAGUGGACCGGCCCCCUGCUGAAAAAGUAUGCUGAUGUUAAAGGCUCAGGUGAAAAAACAGGUGAAAGCGGAAGGGAGGGUUUGGAGGAGUCAGGCUGUGCUGGAAGAGCGAUUCUGUACGGUUCAAAUUAAAGAAGAGUACCCAACAUGCAUCUUGACCACAUGUCUGCUUUCGCCUAGAACCCCGAACAGUCAGCUGAUGAAGACGAGGACAAGAAAAGUGACGAUUCAGAGGGUGAGUGGUGAUGAUGAUGAUGCAGUGCGUAGGAGAUGGAAGCUGUGCAGCUCACUGGCUAUCCUUCUUUGUGUGAGGUGGGGAGCGGGAUUUGAGGUUUCCCCUCUCAGUGACACCCCCCGCUUUCUGGCUUCAGGCUCCUCCUCUUCUGGUGAGGAUGACGAUGAGGGAAUGAGUGCCGCGGCUUUCCUGAAGAAGAAAGAGGGGGCAGCUGAGGGACGGGGCAAGUUUCUCAAAAAGAUGGAGGUAAGUGCUGAACGGGGCGGGGAGGGGGCAGCACGUUGUGAUGCCCUCCUCUGGCCAGCAUAGGCAUGGCAUCCGGUGCUUCCCUCAAAGCAGCUGCCAGAAGGAUUUUUGUGCCAAGCAACUCAGAGGGGAGGAAGGCAAAAGAUCACUAUUCCUUUUGCAGCAGAAAAUAAUAAUCCAGAAGCGUGGGGAACAGGAACAGGGUUCCCAUGGGACUUCUGUUGCUCUGUGUCACUUUAUGGCCCUCCCUGGCUGAAUCUGAGUGAAAACUUUUUUCGUCACAUGGUUUGCUGGUGCAUAAUUUUUCUUCUCCCUCCCCCCCCCCCCCCCGCUCUUGGCAGGAUGAAGAUGAGGAGGAGGAGGACUCUGAUGAUGAUGAAGACUGGGGCUCGUCAGAUUCAGAAUCUGACUCUGAGUCAGAUGAAGAUGAGGGCAAAUACACCUCCUUGGCCUCCAAGUUCCUUAAGAAGUAAGGAGGCAGCUUCUAUGGGUUCAACGCUUCGCAUCAUCUUUGGAUGACAGUCUCCAAACCUCUGGCUGAGGGAACUGUCAGUUGUGAAACUACCUUUGAUCACAAUCUGGAAUUUCAGACUCAGGACCUGAAGGUGGAACACUGUGUGUUGUCCUGUUCACCCAGCUCACUUCUGAGCCUGAGUUGUUGAGGAGCCAGACCCAUUACUUUGACCCUCACUCUCUGCUUUAGGUGGCAGCAUCCAUGUCAGGGCACAAUGGAUGUCUAUGGUGCAAUGGUAGUUAGCUAUCUCACAUUAGGUGAGCGUCUUAAAGUUUGAUGGACACUUUUAGAUCUGAGAAAUAAUGGCCCCAUCUGGGCUGUGACAGGUGCUCUGUACCAUGGGACAGACUUGUGCUCUGUUACCCCAAGAGCAGAAAUAAAACCAAGAAGUUGGAAUUGCAGGGAAGUAGAUCUUGGCUAAACAAGGGGUGGGGGACCUCAGGUCUGGGUCUCUGUGGGUGAGUUGUUAAGCUCCUGCAUUGGGCAUUUUGGUGACUGCAUAGGUCUGGAUCAAAUAAGCUUUUUAGUCUGGCUUUGUUAGUGCUUGAUCUGUGGUUGAGGCCAGUGGCGGGGUCUGGGCUUGUAUGGUUCAGGCAACUCAGGAAGUAAGAAUUCCAGGUUAAAAGAGGGAUUCAGUCCUGUUUUAAUUCUCCCUGACCAGAACUGGCACUGAGGAGGACAAGAGAGUUUUGGAGAAGAAGCGGGAAGAGAAGGCAAAGAAAAAGCAGGACCGCAAAUCAAAGAAAUAUGAAGAUGAUGAAGAUGACAAUGAGGGUGGCGAAUGGGAGAAGGUCAAAGGAGGUGUCCCCCUGGUCAAGGUGAGUCUCUCUCUGCAAGCAGUUGGAAAUGUGGGAGUAGAACAAACUGCAUUGUGUUGCUGCCUUUAUUUUUACUUCUCUCCAUCUUCCAAACAUGGUUCGAGCCUAACAUUCCUCCCCCCACCCCGCUUUGCAGGAGAAACCAAAGAUGUUUGCCAAAGGUACAGAGAUCAACCACACUGUAGUCGUGAAGAAACUCAAUGAGAUCCUCCAGGCCCGUGGAAAAAAAGGCACAGAUCGGUAAGGCCAGUGAGCGUUGAUGUGGUGGAGUGGGGGGGAAGGUGGCCUAGGAGACCGCGCUUGGAAAAAACUGAGCGUGGUUCUCAUUAGCUCACCUCUAGAAGGCUGCUGCAGAGCUGCAAAAGGUUCAGAAAAGGGCAGCUUGAAAUGAUUGAGGGCUUGGACAACUCUGAAAGAGAAUUAGACAAAUCCAUGGAGGAUAAGGCUGGCAGUGGCUGCUUAACCCUGAUGGCCAUGUUCUGUCUCCCCUGUUGGAGGCAGCGUGCUCCUGGGUACCAGUUUCUGAGCAUCGCAAGUGCAGAGAGAGUGCUCUCGUGCUCAGGCCCUGCUUACAGGCUCCUUGUAGGUAGGCCUUUGGUUGGCCACUGUGAGAACAGGAUGCCAGACUAGGUAGGCCUUUGGACUGAUCCAGCAGCAUCUGCUAAGUAUUUUUAAUUGGAGGAUGGGACUUGGGACAUUCUGCAUGCUGAACCUGCAUCCUCCCACCCUUCCCUAUAGACAUUGCUCCCAACCCUCUGCAGCAGAUUCUUAGGGGCGGGGGGUAGAAUUCUGUUGUGCAAGUGGAAGCCUGUUCCAAAGCAGAAAUGCAGUGUUGGAUCCCAGGUAUAUCUACUGCCGGAUAUCCUAAAUAGGACAAAGGGUGGUGCAUAAAUGUUUUAAGUGAAUCGGAAAGUGAUGAAAAUGAAGGGGGUUCACACGGGCGUCAGUGGUUUUGGCACAGGGCACAAGGAGGGUUGUGCAGAGUUGGGGAUGUAUGUCAAAAGAAGCAUGCCCGGCCAUCUGUUUCCCCCGCCCCCCUUCUGCACUGAGCUCCUUCACCUCCUUCCCCCUCCUAGAGCGGCUCAGAUUGACCUUCUGCAGCUUUUGGUUGGAAUUGCAGCAGAGAACAACCUGGGGAUUGCCAUUGAUGUCAAAAUCAAGUUCAACAUUGUUGCUUCUUUGUAUGACUACAACCCUAACUUGGCUACUUACAUGAAGGUAUGGAAUUAGGAGGGGAGGGGAGGAAGUGGCCUGAAAGCACUGUGCAUAGGGGCCACAGGAAGCAGGCGGUUUCUUUCCCAGAAUGCCAGGGGGCUCAAUGUUUCCCUCUUUGCUCCUCUUCUCCCACCACAUGCAGCCAGAGAUGUGGCAGAAAUGCCUGGGCUCCAUUGAAGAGCUCCUGGACAUCCUCUUUGCCAACCCCAACAUCUUCAUUGGCGAGAACAUUGCAGAGGACUCUGAGAACCUGGCCAACAGCGAGCAGGUGAGCAUUUCUGAAUCAGGCAUCAUUCCUCCCCAUCCUUGGGGCAUCCUGCCAACCCAGUAAGAUGGGCUAGUUUGAAAUCUACUAGAAACAGGUGGGAGGUUGGUACAGAUUGGCAGGUCAGGAAAGAAAAAGGCUUGUUUGUGUCUCUGCCUAGCAGUCUUGACCCCCUUAACCCACUUGUGUGUCUCUCCCUCUCUCCCUCUCUAGCCCUACCGUGUUCGUGGCUGCAUUCUGACUCUGGUGGAGCGCAUGGAUGAAGAGUUCACAAAGAUCAUGCAGAACACAGAUCCCCAUUCCCAGGGUGAGUGUGCGUGUCACAGAAAGUGGGGUCUCAGAGGCAUAGCCAGGGUGGAGUUGGACUGAAAGUUUCAGGUAGUGGAGGGCUGGUGUCGAACAGGGAACUUUUCAAAUAGAGGGAACCCUAAGGAAUCUGUGCUGUGUUUCCCCAUGAAAAGACACCUCUGCCAACUGUUUGCCUCUUUUGGAAUGAUUCCUCAAGAACCAGGGAUUGAACUUGGAAUAUUUGCCAGCCUUUUCUGUUUUCGUUUCUCCCAGUUUGCUUGCUUGCUACAAAAAGUUUUUUUAAAAAAAAAAACUGACUUCGGAGCGUCCUUGAAAAAUAAGAAGCUUAGCAAAAAGCAGCAGGUCAGAAAACUGAGUAGGUGGUAGAAAGUGGCUGAAUGCUUUGGGAAAAGGUCACCCAGUCUAAGCAGAGAGGAUCUGUAUGCUUUCAUGUCUCUUAACUUGGCAGUCAUGUGGACUAGAAACAUGCUCUUUGGGCCCCAAAAUGGAAAGCUGGGGUUUCUCAGGAGUGUCAGAUUCUGAAUGGCAAAUAGGGAGAAGCUGGCAGCCCCACCUCGAAAGACUGCCAUGUGAAUGCAUGCUCCCCUCUCCACCAGAGUACGUGGACCACCUGAAGGACGAGGGCCGAGUCUGCAAGAUCAUCGACCGGGUGCAGAACUACCUGCAGGACAAGGGAACCACGGAGGAGGUGUGCCGCAUCUACCUGCGCUGCAUCCUCCACACCUACUACAAGUUUGACUACAAGGCUCACCAGCGGCAACAGGGCCCGGCAGGAGACAGCAAGGUAGGCCAGCCUCUGGGGCAGUAAAGCCCCCCACCAGCCGUCCUUGCUUUGCCCAGGGUAUUCGCACUAUGCGGUUUCACCCAUAGGUUUUGUGCAUGGGGCAUAACCACGUGGAUGAGAUGUUUCUCAUGCCCUAAAUUGUCAAAUGCAUAAGAAGCUGUCAUGUAUCUGGUCGUACUCACCCUGCUUUUGACCAGCACGGCCUGCUCUGAUUGGUAGCUUCCCUCCAGGGUCUUAGGCAAACCUCUUUCUGUUGCCUUCUGAAUGGAGCCUUUUAACUGGAGAUAACUAGGGGAUUGAUCCUGGGGCCACGGACAGGCAAAGCACUACGCCAGUGGUGGGGAACCUGUGGCUCCCGCCACGUGUCUCUGUGGAUUACAAGUCCCGUUGUUCCUGACUGUUGGCUGUGUUGGUGAGGGUGAUAGGAGUUGGGCUCCACCAAUAUCCGGAGGGCCAUCUCUGCACUAAGCCAUGGCCCAUUCCCAAAAUAAGGUUUGGAAAUGAUACUGUCAAGCUGAGAGAAGUUGAGGUGGAUGCUGAGGGUUUGGCCCGCAAGGACAUCAGGGAUUUUCAGGAAGCUUCAUUGUGAUUCAGUUUAGCUGCCAUGGCUUCUUUCAAAGGAUCCUAGGACGUGUGUGUGUGUGUGUGUGUGUGUGUGUGUGUGUGUGUGUUUGCUCAGAACUACAGUUCCCAGCAUUCCUUGGGGCAGGGGAAGUCCUGACAGUCAUGCUAGUUUGAAAACUGGUUUCAGGUUUGCAAGUUGGACAGGGCCCUUAGUAUUGUACCGGCAAAGGAAGACCGUGAAAGUUGAGGGGCAAUUGAUAUACUAAGUUUUAGGUAACCAACCUGGUCCCCUCCAGAUAGGAUUGGACUCCAACUCCCAUCAGUCCCAGCAAGCAUGGCCAAUGGUCAGAAAUGAUGGGAACUGGAGUCCAGCAAUAUCUGGAGGUUUCCUGUCUCUAUGUGAAGGUAACAUUUUGGUAUUUGGGAGUGGGGUGGGGAGGGACUCCUCAGGCUAAAGGACAUGUUGCAUAACCUGCUUGCCCGCAGUCGGAACAAGACCAGGCCGAGAACGAAGCAGAGGACUCGGCGGUGCAGAUGGAGCGCCUCUGCAAGUUCAUCUACGCCAAGGACAGGACAGACCGGAUCCGAACCUGUGCCAUCCUCUGCCACAUUUACCACCACGCCCUGCAUGACCGCUGGUACCAGGCCCGUGACCUGAUGCUUAUGAGUCACCUACAGGACAACAUUCAGCAUGCAGACCCCCCUGUGCAGGUCAGAGAACAAAACUGGGGAGGCUGAGGCGUAUGCUGGGUUGUUGAUGGUUUAUUGAAGCAGUCUUAAUCAAUUUGAGUAACAAUAAUAAAAGCCAGUCCUCCAAGAACAGGGAAUGAGAGGCUCGGAGUGGCUGCUUUGCCCCGCCCAAGAAGCUGCAAGUUGCUGAUGCAGAUGAUUGUAAAGGGUUUGGAGAGGAGCAGAGCCCCCUCUCCUUGCUGCUCCACGCUUUUCCUCCUGCAUGUAGGCCACACUUGCAUCUGGUGACGCCAGCCACAGCAUCCUAUGUGGUUGAUGAGACUUCCUUUCCUAACUUCACAAUGCCUCUGCCCCGCUUGGCAACCUGCUGUUUGCAGUAGCUGCCUUGGGGCGAAAAGUGUUGGGGGGAAAAGGGCCAGGAGCAGUAGAUGGUAACAUAAAGGAGUGGCAGAGAAUUAAUGGAGACUGGAGAGGGUUGAUCGAGUGCAGCAGUGCCCAUUUGUGUCCCACCCUUAUUACAAAGGAGCAGUUGCAGGAAGCGAAUGUUUGGGGAGUGGUUUUUCAGGUGCUGCCUUUUGGAGAGGGCAGCUGGGUCUCCGCCUCCACCUCCUCUGACCUUCUCGGCUCUUGCAGAUUCUGUAUAACCGGACAAUGGUGCAGCUGGGGAUCUGUGCCUUCCGCCAGGGCAUGAUCAAGGACGCCCACAACGCCCUGCUGGACAUCCAGUCGAGCGGGCGGGCCAAGGAGCUGCUGGGGCAGGGCCUGCUGAUGCGCAGCAUGCAGGAGCGCAACCAGGAGCAGGAGAAGAUUGAGAAGCGCCGCCAGGUCCCCUUCCACAUGCACAUCAACCUGGAGCUGCUGGAGUGCGUCUACCUGGUCUCGGCCAUGCUGCUGGAGAUCCCCUACAUGGCCGCACAUGAGUUUGACGCCCGCCGGCGCAUGAUCAGCAAGCAGUUCCACCACCAGCUCCGGGUGGGCGAGCGCCAGCCCCUUCUCGGUAAGUGGCUUUCCUCUUUUAACCGUGAGGUGUUUCUGGGUACGCUGGCCUGGUGGCUUCUUUUCCUCUGUCAUGCCAGGCCUUCUAACAAGAAUCUUCCCAGGCUUGACUUAGAAUCCUCCUUGUCUCUCUGGGCAAAUAAUGGAAUCUUCGAGGCAAUUGCAGGUCUGGGCCUAGAGGUGCUUGAAUGCUGCAAUCUGUUGCUGUGUUAAGCAAAGGAGCAUUUUGCUUGUUUGCCGCCUGCUAGUUUCUUGGGGAGGGGCAGGUUUUCCUUUGGCCUCUGUGACAUUGCCAGGCAUGAUCCAGGGUUCACAAAAGUUGUCUUGCCUUUUUAGCCAGCCUCUCACUAUGGUUCACUUGCUUUGGCACCGUUUCCCAAACUGCUUCUUGUGUUUUGUUGGUUCUAAAUUUUUUUUAAAAAAGUUGCUCCCUCAUCUUAAUUUGGCAGCUGCUUAUUAUUAUUAUUUUGUAAAUGCAUAUUUCUCAGAACUACAGGUGGCACUCGACACCUUGGAGUCAUUCAGUGCUGUGCUGGAAAACAGAGUAAAUGAUUCUUCAGAGAUUAUCUUUGUUUUUCCUCUACAGCUACUUUUACACACCCUUCCAUAACUAUUUGUUUAAACCUAAGAAAAAAUGAACUGAAGUUUUGCAGAUUUCUCUAAUAAGUUUUAUUCUUAUUGUAUAAUUUAUUUAUUUAUUUUGACACAAGGGCUAGAAAAAUAUCUUUUUCUAGAUACAAAAAUGAAAGCCGAUUUUUGUGUGUGCAUUAUCUUCAUGUGCAAUAGGAUGUUAAGGGGAUGUGGCCUGCCUUGCUAGCUAAUCAAAAUCCUGUUCACCAAGACAAGGAAUGCCUUCCCCAUUUGAUGACCUCUUCCCCCCUCCCCCCCAUCUUUCUUCAGGCCCCCCAGAAUCUAUGAGGGAGCAUGUGGUGGCAGCAUCCAAGGCUAUGAAGAUGGGCGACUGGAAGACGUGUCACCGUUUCAUCGUCAAUGAGAAAAUGAACGGGAAGGUCUGGGACCUGUUCCCCGAGGCUGACAAAGUGCGAGGCAUGCUUGUCCGGUCAGUUGCAUGGGAAUGGGGUGACGGGGCGGUUCCUCCAUAGAAUCGUAGAGUUGGAAGGGACCCAUCUAGGUCAUCUAGUCCAGCCCCCUGCAAUUGCAGGAAUAUGCAGCUGUCCUGUAGAAAGCUGCCUUAUCCUGAGUCAGACCAUUGCUCUGUUUAGCUUGGGCAUAUCCACCUUGAUGGAUAAAGGGGCGAAGCCUGGGACCGUCAGUGCUCCAGCCCCUGAGCUCUGGGGCCAUCUAUGCCGGCUAGGAGGGGAGGGCUUGGAACCCAGUUCUUGAAAUGGAGAAGAGGGAGCAGAAUUGGGAUGUAUGUGUUGAGAGCGGCCACCUUGUCUGUGUGCAGGUGGGUCCCGAGAGGCUGGGGGGGCGUCUGUCUGGGGACUGGAAAGCGUAGCUCUGCCCCCCUUUCGGGAUCUCUGCCUGGCUCUCAUGACUGCUCCUUUCACUUGUUUCUCCCGGCAGGAAGAUCCAAGAGGAGUCUCUCCGAACCUACCUCUUCACUUACAGCAGCGUCUAUGACUCCAUCAGGUAUUGUGUGAGGGUCAUCAUGGCCUCCUGGUUGCUCUUUCAGCCUGGCAUCCUUUUGGCCAGGGUGUGAGUGGCGGAUGUGGCAUAAGUGGCUGAGUACAUCUUUAUGGGUGCACAUGUUGCUUCGGCAUCCCCUCUGCAGGCUCCCUAUCCAUAAAAUAUAUCAAUCAAAGGAAUCCAUCCUCUGUACAUGGCACACUUGGGUACCUUCUUUGGUUGCCAUUGACCUUUUUAGAUUUUCUGCCUGGCCGGCUGCCGAUGGCUGAGUCUCACAAGCUCAGCUUCCACCUCUUUCUUCCUCUCUCUCUCCCCCCAUGCCCCCUCCCCCAAUUAUACCUCCCUUUCUAGCAUGGAGAUCCUGUCUGAUAUGUUUGAGCUGGACCUACCCACAGUGCACAGUAUCAUUAGCAAGAUGAUCAUCAAUGAAGAGCUGAUGGUGAGUGAUGCUUUCUUGCAUGGCAGACGGGUGGCUUGAGGAGGCCUAGAGAUGGGUGGCCACCACAGGAGGGGACACUUGACCAGGAGAAAGUGGGUUGCCCUUGACCAGCUCAAGGGGUGUGGGAAAAGAGGGUCAGGGCUGGGUUUCUGCAGCAGCUGCACCAUGGACCCUUUUGAAAGAAAUAAGAGGCAACGUGGGGUGAGCAUGAGAAGCAAUUCGUCCAAAUAUAAGCCACCAACCAGUAUAGGCCUCACCCCUAAAAUGAGAUCUCUUUGUGAAAGAGAAAUAUCUAAAUCUCUGGUGUGCAAUCCAGUGCUUUUGGCAGUCUCCAGCCCCGUUGCACUAUGAAUAACUCAGUUGGCAAACAGGGUACUGAAGUUCCAUAUGGUUCUCAAGGUCGCAUCUUAAAUCAUGGCUUCUCUAGCCUGUAAGUGCUAUAGGCAGCAUUCAGGUUUUAUACAAGCCAGAUUUGGGAGGGAAAGUAGACCAACACUUUAGAAGGUUUCUAGCAUGUCUCUCCUUUGCUGGGUUUGUCUGAGCCUCCCAAAUCUUGCCUUCCCAGGCCUCUUUAGACCAGCCGACCCAGACAGUUGUGAUGCACCGGACGGAGCCCACGUCCCAACAGAACCUGGCGCUCCAGCUGGCUGAGAAGCUGGGCAGCCUCGUGGAGAACAACGAGAGGGUCUUUGACCAGAAGCAAGGCACCUAUGGGGGCUACUUCCGGGGUGAGCGAGCGUCCUGGAAGCCAGUUGCAGCCACAGCUUCUUGCUUCUCCUAUCUCCAUUCCUUUAGCCACUUUGUGUCUGUUAUCUGUCUGGGGACAAAUAGGGCGACUGUUCCCAUAAGUAUCUAUUUCUCUUUAAAAAUUCUGGCCUUUGUGGUAUGGGGCAAAAGCUAAGGAAACCAGUUCCCAUUAAUGAUUGUCAGCUUCUCUUGGUUCUUUGCAGCCACAGCUUUACCUGAUCUUAUAUCAAAUCAAAUCAAAACUUUGUUUAUGAAGUCUAGUGAGUGGCAGAUGGGUGUGGCCUGCAAAAAAAACAACCACAUGGGCCUGAUUGGCUGGCCUGAGUUGGCCCACGGGCUGGAAGUUACCACCCCUGCAUUCUUUGAAUGGUUUAUCUGCUUCCCUUCCCUCAUCACAGGAUCCAAAUCCCCCUUUAGUUCAGCACUUCUCCCUCCAUACAGGACACAAAGAUGACAGUUGUUCUCUCCCCGCAUUUUCUAAAUCCAAAGUGUGCCAAUUUCACUGCAAAACGAUGGUUUGUUUUGGUCGAAGAACCAGGAAGUGUGCACUUGAGAGCCACUUUGACUUGGUCUCUGUGUACCUGUCUUGUUUUCCAUAAGCUGCGCAGCAAACCCAUUUCUGCUGUAAUCUUGCUGGCCUACUUUUCACUGGAGCCUUGUAGCUGAACUCUCUUCUCUCUCUCUCUCUCACCCUCCAGACCAGAAGGAUGGCUACCGCAAGAACGAAGGAGGCUACAUGCGGCGUGGAGGGUAUCGGCAGCAGGAGCGACAAAGCAACUAUUGAUUCCCUAAGCCAUCACAGUAGAAUUUCCUGGUGCAGGGAAGAUCUUAUUCCAGUUCCCAUUAUUCAAAUACUUAAUAAAGAGUUUGUUUGGAGCGUGAC